CGAAGCAGCUCAUUCAAGUCUACUUAGUCGUAGAGUGCGGAUGUGUACGGUAGUACCUGGACAGCGACAGUGCGAUCACGACGUGAAGGGAUUCAAUGUUUAUCUGAACUCAUUCGGAAAAUCAGAACAAGUUCCGAAACCUACCCUUAAGACAACAAGAUUAAAGAGAUGCCGUCCGCGCUCCUGUUGACACUCUGCGCGCUUUUCGUAGCGAGAGCAGCGGGGACAUGUUAUUUUCCGAUGGAAUACCAGGGAGAAUUCUCGAUGCAGAGCUCGGUGAACAGCAGGAAUUCGGUUCAAUACAGCACGAUAAAUAUCACGGCGACCGCAAUACCAAUUUGGGGUAAUUGCCACAGGAAGAUCGGCAACAAUUUCAUUUUGGUCGACCAGUACAUGGAGAUUAGCGAGACGAACUGCUUUCGUUGUCUUCAUCUCAAGCCGCGUUCGAAGAACGUACUGCAAGUAUCGGCCUUCAGCAACGAGACGAUAUCCAAGUGCUUCAUUAACGAGGCCUCCGCCGAAGAAAACUGUCCAACCGACCAGCAGCUCAGAUCCAAUUCCAUCACGGAAAUCAUAUUGUUUAAAACCAAAGAUGCUGAGGGUAAGAUUGUCGGAAAAGAAUAUUGCCCGAUUGAUGGAAGAUACUCGUUCACUUAUCAAUUGAACGACAACGGUAACAUUAAGCACUGCAAAAGUCGCGAUUCUAUUAUAGACUUUUGUCCAUCUGGAGCUACUCUUAACAUGAGAUUCCGCGAUUGUCCCAUCCAGAGAUACGAUUUAAACUUGGACUGCCUUGGACAUUGGGAAGGCAGCAGGGGCCAAAGGUACUUAAUCCUCUCGGAUAACAGAUACUCGAAGCCGCAGUAUCGAUGCGCCUUGUAUAAGCGUGAUUCGGCCAGCGGGGUCAUAAACAUCGCCAUCAGCAGGGAUUCCACGUGCACCACUGAUUUGCAUAACGCGACCCACGGUUACGAGGCCCUCGUGUUGCAGCCGAAAAGCGACAAUAAUUGGCCGCCCGAAGUCGCGGUCAACACUUGCAGGUAUUUACCACUAGAAGAAAUCAACGGCAUGCUCUUUAACGUGACUUGUAAUCGCAGGUUUCCGGAAUGGAUGGUCGGCGAUUGGGAGAACGUGCGCGUCGAGGAUAACACCAUUACGUACAAGGACCAUACGUCCUUCACGACCUACACCAUGAAAUGCUUGUCGACGAUGGACUCGCUGGACAAGUUCCAUGUCUUGGCAAAAACCCAAUGCGACGAAAGCCUUUUCAACUGUAUGAAAAUUCACAAACGAAGCAACAACAUCUUAGAGCUGCAACUGGGAUCGAAUUACAGCACCAAGAACGACGCGCUCUCAAGUUGCGAUGAGUCCAACUUCCAGGACGACGCUUGGGUCACGCAAGGCCGUAUUAGUAAUAAUGUGGAAACUGCUUGUCCGAUUUCUGGGAAGUACACGGGUACUAUUCCUGACAACGACGAUCUGUGUGCGAAAUUGUGGUCAGACUGCGAUGCACGUGAACUGAUGUACUAUCAGGUAUCGAAUUGCACCACGUCUGAGGUUUACGAGGAGCGGGAAUACAGGUGUCUAGGUCACUGGGAUGAGAAUAAUCUGUUGUACACUUACACUCAGCGACACGAUGUCGCCGAUGGAACCUACGAAUGUUUCGUCGGCUCUAUUAUAUCAGAUAAGGAUAUAUUCAUUAAGGAGGCUGGCGAGCACUGCCAGAGGAAGAUCGAUCCUAUGAGGUACGGGAUGAACCUGUUCAACGAAGGCACUCAAGGUUUGUACUCAUGCAUUGGUAAAGGCUUCACGACGCAGAGGCCAAUGCCGACAAAACCAUGGAACAUCAACGUCUCAUUUCCAACUAUCCAGGAUACAGACAACAGCAUCAGUAUAGCUCAUCGACUGCCGCACUCACUUGCCUUCCUACUAUUGCCAAUUGUGAUCGUUUUAUUUUAAAUUGUUUAUUACUGAUUAGAGAAUUGAAUGUACUUAGUAGGUGUUACUCUUCAAUGAUUGUAACCUACACGGUGCUCUCGUUAAACUAAAUUUAAUCCAAGUAUAAGAAGCACCAUGUAUAAUACAUGUACAUAGUAUUCGUUGCCUAAAACGAAAACACGAUUGCCUUCCAUGCCAAAAGGUCAACCCUUACUUUGAGCUCAUUAUUUAAAUUAGAUUAUUGUUAUAUUAUAUUUUACAUUCACACCUACUUCUGCAAAACAAAAUAAUGAAAUAAGUGUAUAAAGAUAUAU